AUGUCUUCCUCUUCCUCUACCGCAGAUUCAUACAUCCUCCCAACCCCGACCUCUUCCUCAACACCAACGUCUCCUCGGCCCCGAAGCACAAGCUACACAGACUCCGUGUCCUCUGUCGCCUCUCUUCCCUCCGAAUCAACUUCUGCUUCAGACCUCGAGACUCUCUCCGACGACUCGGACUAUUCCGAUGCCGAAGCUGAGUGGCAAGAGAGCAUUGAGCAGCUGGAGCUGCUGCUAACGAUGGUGAUUGUGCCCGUUAUUGGAAAAUAUCUGGGGAGAAGAUGUGCUUAUUGGAGCUGGACAAGGUUCAUGGAGUGGAAGUAUCCCAUUGAGCUUUAUGGGAUUGGAGAAAAAAGGUCGAAUGUGAAAGCUUUCGCGGCGCUUUGA